AAAUUUACCUCAUACUCUUGACGUUAUCACAGGCGAAGAUUGAAACCCUGUCCGUCAAUCGAUGGAGAAUCCCACCGAACCACGCAAUUCUAAAACCCUACGAAAGAUCACAACCAAAACUCCUAAAACCCUGACAGGAACUACGUUUACCGUCGUCUAACGCCAAAACUCUGUAGUCGACUACAUAAAACAUUAAUCUUUACACAAACUAUUGCUAGUCGUAGGCGUUUUCGGUUAAAUCAUUCUCAAAUUUAGCUUAUUUUGCAGACAUUUGUUCAGAGAUUGGCAUUAAUUUCGGUUGAAAUCGAGAAACAAUGCCCAUAAUUUCAGGAUUCAGAUAUUUAUUUGGACACAGCAACAUCACUAUUUGUCGCAGGGAGUGUUUGGCACUGCCUCAUAUCAGGGGACUCUGCUCAAAACUCCUUACGAAGCUAUUUGUUUCAGGGCUUUCUGGGAACACAAAUGAGCAAGUCUUAAAAGAUACAUUCUCACGUUAUGGUCAAGUGGUUGAUGCUAGAGUGAUGAUGAAUCCACAAACUGGAUGGUCAAAAGGGUUUGCAUUUGUGGAAUUUGCUUCUGAAACAGAGGCAGAUGAUGCUGUAAACCGAAUGGAUGGUCAGGUAUUGGAUGGCAAAAGAAUUACUGUAAAUUAUGCACGACCUAGUUUUCGAGAUACUUGUGUGGAUCCCCCAAGGGCUGUAGGCCCACCUUCACAGAUUUUGGAGGAGAAUAAGGAACAGACAAAGGUGGGGAAAAAGGGCCUCCAAAAGGCUGUGAGCUCACAGUCACAGGCUUCAAAAAAGAAUGAGCCAAAGAAAACGAGUAAGGAAAAAGAAAAGAAUGACAAAGGAGGAAAGAAGAAAAAAGGCCCAUCAAGCUUGAACAGACAAACAUUUAUUGAAGAUUUCAAUGAUUAAAGAAAAGCCUCAAACAUGUUUUCUUA